CUGCAACAAGGGAUGCCCUAGCCAAAGCACUUUACUGUCGGACAGUGGCAACAAUUGUGAGACGAGCCAAUAGCCUGAAGAGGCUCGGAUCUUCGACGGGGACACUGAGUACUGGUAGCACUGAAUCAGUCCGUAAUCGUACAGAAAUUGGUAGUGGCCAUCUUUCAUCUACUGUGCACUCAGAAAACAAGUCUCUGACUGUUCUCAGCUCAGCCAUUCGCCAGGUCAAUGACGGCUUUAUCGGUAUUCUAGAUAUGUUUGGGUUUGAAGAUGGGAAGCCAAGCCAACUAGAACAUCUUUGCAUCAAUCUGUGUGCCGAAACGAUGCAGCAUUUCUAUAACACUCACGUGUUUAAAAGUAGCAUAGAGUCUUGCCGGGAAGAAGGAGUUUACAGCGAUGUGGAGGUGGACUAUGUGGAUAAUGUACCGUGCAUAGAUCUAAUAUCGUCCCUUAAAACUGGGUUACUGAGUACUCUUGACAUUGAAUGUUCGGCUAGUGGAACACCAGAAUCUUACAUCCAGAGAAUAAGAAAUCAACAUAAAGGCAACUCUAGGCUUAUAUUUGAAUCGAAUAUCGCAAGUUUUGGAGUUCGGCAUUUUGCAGGAAAUAUUUUUUAUAACACAACCGAUUUUCUUGAAGCAAACAAAGAUGUUGUUUCGGAUGAUAUCGUAUCUGUGUUCCACAAAAGCUCAUGCAGCUUUGGGUUUGCCAUUCAUUUGUUUGGAAUUGAAUUAAAAGCACUUUAUUCAAAAGGAACAGUUCCUCGAGGUACAUCCUUCAGAAUUUCUCCGACAUCUCAUACAGGAUUACAAAAUGGAGACGAGCCAGUAUCAACACUUACCCAAGACUUCCAUACUCGACUAGAUAAUUUACUGAGAACUCUAGUCCAUGCUAAGCCUCACUUCAUUAGGUGCAUCAAGAUCGUAUUAGAUUGUUUCGCAAGAGUACUAAAAGCCAGCAAGUUGACGACUGCUUCCACAUCUUGGUCAUUAGGAAAAAGACACAUCUUUUUAAGCGAGGGGGCGCGACAGGAACUGGAGAGGUUACGAGCAGAGCGACGCAACAACGCAGCAAUGCUUGUCCAAUCAACGUGGAGAGACUGGAAACUACGUAGGGGGUGGCUCACGUUUCAACGUAACCCUCGACCACGGGCCACAAAACCUUUUCCUUACCCCCUUCCACCUGCUAUUGCGAACACUUCUAGACCACGCCCUCAACCUGUUGCUGGAACCCCUCCUACUGACGUGGAGAAAGAUCACAAAGGAAUUAAACACCUAUUUUCUUUCCUUGGGCAAGAUCUGGAACGCCCGCCUGCAGUCCCCCCCAGUCGGCCGUACACUGUGACUGGCAGCACCAGAAUAGGGUACCCUCAAACCAGGGUAAUAAGGGUUAACUUUCCAGAAGACGGCAGCGGGGAAGUUCAGAUGGCCAAGGGCGAAACGGUGGUGGUGUUGGGAGCCUCCGAGCGACGCGGCCAUCUGGUGGUGGACCACAAAAACCACAAAAUCCAUGUCCCAUACCAGUAUCUAGAACUAAAGACCACAGCCAACACUUAACUUGUAAAAGGGGCCCUACAAGAGUCAUGUCGUACACAGAGUCAAGGUCGUCGUGUAACUAGGAGUAAGUCAUUAUUAAGUUUCAUUGUUGACUGAUCGUAACUCCUAGAACUGAUGUUACUGUUGGUGUAGAAGUCAGUGUUCAAAGUAAGUCAUUAUUAAGUGUCAUUGUUGAGUGAUCGUCGUGUGACGCCGAGUAUUGGUGGAUUAUUAGUUGAAAGCAGCUUUGUAAGUGUAAAACACAUGUACAAGAGUCAUCACACUUAAAGUAACUAACACACUUAACAACAUUUGUAUAUAUACUGAACAGUACGUACGUUACGUUCUGGUACUCGUCCCUAAUUAUUUUUAUAAGGAAAAAUAAACCCAAAAAAGUCGAUUUGUUAAUUAUGUUAAUAUGUUUUAUAUUUAUAGAAUUUUCAAUUUAAGUGUCAAGUUAUUAAUGUAUUUACUAAUUCAGUUAAUUGUACAUUGUUGGUGAGAAAAUAUUGUUCCAAAAACAUGUAUAGAUCUUUACCAGUGUGGAUUUUUUUUUUAUUCUGAAGUAGUCAAUGCAAAACAUAUCAAAUUUCUUCUGGUGUUUUCAAGUGUAAACAUAAUCGUUGUUUCAUAUGAAGAAACUGAAAUAAUUCAAUCAUUUUCGUAUGUGACGUCAAUACUUAUUUGACUUCUUGGUACUUCCGAUAACAGCAGUGACUAACUAAUACGAUAAUUCUACACUAGCAACACCUGUAAGAUAGUGGAAGGACUACUAACUUAGGUUUACAAAGCAUGCGAUCUGUUUAAAUAAAGAUAUAAAUCACGACUUAAAUUGAUGAAACAUAACAGAACGCCAUCUGGUGUAAGUUACGAAUUACAAGUACAUAUAUUUGCAAAGCAAGCGACCUACUUAAAUAAAGCUUUAAUGACGAAGCAAAGUGAUGAAACAUAAUAGAGAAAAGUAACUUAUAAUUACUGUAUGGUGGUUACAAGGUUGGUCAAAUUGACCGAGUCCAUAUAGAGUUUAGAGUAGAGAAAAAGUUUGAUAGAAAAAAACAAACAAAAACGUUUGUUAUUUAUUAAGGAGGCUUUAAAGGUUUGACAAAUGAAAUUUGGAAAUUUUGAGAUGAAGAAAAAUAUUUUUAACCUUAAAAUGAAAGUCAUUGCACUCGAAGCAGUCGACACUCUGAUUUCAUACAUUCAUGAAAUAUUUCGUAAAAAUACGUAGUAAAAAUGAUUUUUGUGUGCAAAAAAGAAAUGAGUUCUAGUGUUUACUGAAGGCUUGCUAAAUUUCAUGAAGAUACACAAAAUGUAUUAAAAGUUACAGUUUGGAAACUGAUUAAUUUGGGGUUAUGAGGUCGGUCACAUCGCCCGAUCUCGUAUAGAAAAAGUUAAUAUCUUUGAACAAGGUUCAUUAUACCUUAACUAAAUACCGACAGACUACUGGGUGAACAUAAUUUUAAUUAAUGCCGCAGAAAAAAGUUCAUUAUACCUCUUACUAAAUACCGACAGACUACUGGGUAAACAUCGGUUCAGUUAUACCACUGAACAAGGUUCAUUAUACCGACAGACUACUGGGUCAACAUUGUUUCAAUUAAUUCCGCCGAUUAAUUCUUCCUCAGUUUCGGCUAUUUUCACAUCACUGCGUAUGUUUGUUCUCCAGUUCGAAGGUUGUCUUCAUCCAUCAACGUGCAAAAAAAUUAAAAAAACAAAGACUAGGGUGUUAAUUUAUAACUUUUAUUACUGUUUCUGGUUUAACUGGAUAAGCAUUUGACGUCAUAGUUCUUUUGGUUGUUCUUUAUUAUUAAUCACAAAGCUACACAAAGGGCUAUCUGUGCUCUGCCCACCACGGGUAUCGAAACCCGGUUUAUAGCGGUAUAAGUCCGCAGACAUACCGCUGUGCCACUGGGGGGGCUUUACGUCAUAGAAAAAAAAUGCAAAAAUAAAACUUAACUCAAAACAUAUGUAAUGUGUAAGCGGUUAUGGAGAAAAGUGAAUCUCAAAUAAUGCUUAAUAGUUAGUAGAGUAAAAGAACAGAAAUUCAAGAUCCAAUUGUGUGAGUAAACUGCAAUCCAAUCUCCAGUUGUGUUAGUAACCGGCAAUUCAACCACCAGUUGUGUCAGUAACCGGCAAUUCAACCACCAGUUGUUUCAGUAACUGGCAAUUCAAUCUCCAGUUGUGUGAGUAAAUGGCAAUUCAAUCUCCAGUUGUGUGAGUAAACGGCAAUUCAAUCUCCAGUUGUGUCAGUAACCGGCAAUUCAACCACCAGUUGUGUCAGUAACCGGGAAUUCAACCACCAGUUGUGUGAGUAAACGGCAAUUCAAUCUCCAGUUGUGUCAGUAACCGGCAAUUCAACCACCAGUUGUGUCAAGUAAACCGGCAAUUCAAUCUCCAGUUGUGUCAGUAAUCGGCAAUUCAAUCUCCAGUUGUGUGAGUAAUCGGCAAUUCAAUCUCCAGUUGUGUGAGUAAACGGCAAUUCAAUCUCCAGUUGUGUGAGUAAACGGCAAUUCAAUCUCCAGUUGUGUCAGUAAACGGCAAUUCAAUCUCCAGUUGUGUCAGUAACCGGCAAUUCAACCACCAGUUGUGACAGUAACCGGCAAUUCAAUCUCCAGUUGUGUGAGUAAACGGCAAUUCAACCACCAGUUGUGUGAGUAAACGGCAAUUCAACCACCAGUUGUGUCAGUAAACGGCAAUUCAACCACCAGUUGUGUGAGUAAACGGCAUUUAAAGCUCCAGUUGUGUGAGUAAACGGCAAUUCAACCACCAGUUGUGUGAGUAAACGGCAAUUCAAUCUCCAGUUGUGUCAGUAAACGGCAUUUAAAGCUCCAGUUGUGUCAGUAAACGGCAAUUCAACCUCCAGUUGUGUGAGGGAACUGAAAUUCAAGCCCCAAUAGUGUCCAGAAACAGAAAUUCAACAUCAAGAGUGUGAAGAAAUAUAAAUUAAAGCCACAAAAAAGCUUUAGAAAAAUAUCGCAUGUGAAAGGUUAGGUAGUGAACAUAAUUUACUAUAUCCUAAUAAGCUACGACUGGGUUGGCUAUAUCUUGGCAUCAUCAGUUAUUGGGUUGGUUAUAUCUUGGCAUCAUCAGUUAUUGGGUUGGCUAUAUCUUGGCAUCAUCAGUUAUUGGGUUGGUUAUAUCUUGGCAUCAUCAGUUAUUGGGUUGGCUAUAUCUUGGCAUCAUCAGUUAUUGGGUUGGUUAUAUCUUGACAUCAUCAGUUAUUGGGUUGGUUAUAUCUUGGCAUCAUCAGUUAUUGGGUUGGUUAUAUCUUGGUAUCAUCAGUUAUUACUUUGGAAAUUUAAAGAACAAAUUACGUCAUUUUUAACUAUACUGUUGAUCUUUGAACCGUUUUUAUUAAAUCUUACCCAAAGUUGUUUUGUUUAUUAAAUAAAAAAGCUACACAAUGGGCUCUCUGUGCUGUGCCCACCAAGGAUAUCGAAGCCUCCUCAUUUCCGGAUCGAGAUAUAGGUAAAUCUGAGAGGACCUGGUUCGAUGUCGACCUCUUCCUUUCGAAACCUUGGUUUUAGCGUCAUUUAAAUAAAGCCUUCAAGGCUUACCGUUGAGCCACUGAAAGACUAGUUACACGCUGAUUGGCUGUUAGCUUUGUGACAUCACUUCGUGAUUAAUUACCGAGUUAUUUUAUAUAUUACUGUAAAUAUUUGCCCAUUUGUUAAUACGUAUGAAUUUUAAUCAAAGCAGCAUCUUCAGUUUGUUCUUAAUCUCUCUGUGGUAGUAUAAAAACAGAAUUGAUUUAAGCAAAAUAUUUCUUGACAGGUACAAUACAUAUUAGUGACCUCUUCUGGCAGAUUUAGGAAAUAAAAACAAUAUUCUAAUAGAAUGUAUUCUCGCUCACGAGCGACAAUGAUUUAAAUCUUUUUUUUCUUCUACUAUAUAUCUAAUAAAGAAUCAUCAAAACAAUACUUAAAACAAGAUUGGUUUUCUUAUUGUUACUUGUCCAGAUUAAGAUUAUAAAUGAUGUUCUUAUUAUUCAAAUUCAUUCUUGUUUACAAAUGAAAAAAGUAAAGAAAUGACGUAAUUAAAAGCAGCUCAAUUGUCUCAUUUAGUUAAUUCAUACCGUUGUUUGUUUAUUUUUACCGUUUUCAAAAAACAGAUUGCUGUAAUAUUUUGUUGUACAAUUUCUUUUUCAUUUGAAUACAAGUCCGAAAUUAGUUUUCAUUCCAAUGUUUGUGUGAAAUACGAUGUAUAUUUAUAUGUAUAAAAUACAAUUUCUUUAUGUAUACGUUA